AUGCCUACUAGAACUUUUCUACAUCAGUUGUUUUCCAUACUGGCUCAAGAGAAUUUGAAUGAAUGGAUUUAUUGGACAGAAGACGAUGAUGCUGUAUUUGCAAUCAAACCAUACGCAUCGCAAUUUUCUGCUAAGAUUUUAAAAGGUUACUUUAAACAUGGUAAUGUCAGCAGUUUUGUAAGACAAUUGCAUAUGUAUGGUUUUCAUAAAUUAUCAAAUUCAAAUAAUAGAUCAAAAUGUCAGGUAUCAUUCUUAGGUGUAGACAAUUCACUUACUGCAUCAGACCCUAAAAUUGAACCAGAGAGUCCAGAAUUCGGUAAAUAUAAAGAAAAAAUGAGCCGUCCAGCUUUACCACAAGAUAGAGCAAAAACUAUUUGGUAUUUUACACAUCCAUCAGGUGUUUUUCAUAAAAAUGCUGAAACCUCAGAUUUAGAUAAAAUUCAUAGAAAGAGUAAUAGUGCAAAGGAUACUAAAAGAAAAGCAGGGUUGACGGCCCUAACCUAUAACUAUUAUGAUACUGCAUCAAUGAAAAAUAAUAAACUAGGCUCUGGCAUGUAUGAUCAAGGUUAUGUACAACAUCAUCAACAGUUACAACCACCUCAAAAAUCUUUUGUAUACGGAGAUCAAUACAACGCAGGUAAAUCCACAUGCUCAGCUGCAAGCUGUUGGCCAUCCCUUCAGGUCAUCACCAAUCCCAACUCCACCACCAUUUUCUCUUCAUGCUAUAGGUGUUCAACAAAGAGAAGAGUACCCUCGUCCAAUGGUAGGUCAAAGCAUGGCACAACCGGCAUAUGGACAACAAACUUACUACGUGGAAAAAAAUUACCAGCUAGUCAACAGCUACAGGGAAUCAAUACUGUUAACUCGAGUGUUCAAGUUGCUCCUUCAAAUGUAGUUGAAAUUCCAAAUAUUAGUACUUCUCCUUUAAAUCCAGCAUCUGUAGGUUCUGCUUCAUCAAAGGCUUCUAACAAUACAAAUUUACCUAGUUUACAUGGUGCUACUACUACAACUGGCACACCAUUGUCACAACCUUUGCCAACACGUCCUCCUAUUGUUGCCCCACUACCAAAUAUUAUUCAAACAUCACACGUAGUGGCUCCUAUGAAUCAUGCACAAGCAUAUCCUCAGAAGGAUAUCAAUGUGGAUUAUAAAUAUAAUACAUUAGCUAAAGCUGUUUUAACAUUAACAGAUAUUAUUGAUUCAAUAUCACAAUCAAAUAUGCAAGACGCUAGUACGGGAAGAGCCUCUCAACAUAUCGAUUAUUACAAAAUUUCACAAACUCUGCAACUUAUUAGAGAUGAUAUAAUACAUUACGAAUGA